AUGCGAUUUAUUAUUGGCCUGUUUUUGUGUCUAGUUUGUUCUCAAGUUUCAUGUGUCAAGAAACUUCUUCUAAUUCAAGCUGUAAGUUUUUUUUCAGCAUUUUCAGCGCAAAAUUUCAGCCAGGGAACAAUUAUUCAGGAUUUCGACAAUGAAAACUUCCCAUUCCAUUCCAGAGAGUCCUAAAAAAAGUUCAAAAAAACAUGCUAGCCUGAAAUUUUGCGCUAAAAACGCUGGAACUAUUAGUUUCCAUUGAUUUUCAGCGCUUCCAGCAUUUUCAGCGCAAAAAUUUGACCCGGAAAUAAUUUUUAUAUAAUACUAAUCGGUUGAAAACAUGUUCCAAACUAGUUCCAGUUCCGGGUUGAACGAAAUCAGUUCUAGAUCAGAAUUUUGUGCUGGAAACGCUGAAAUUGCUGAAAAUCGGAGAAAAUCAAUAUUUCCAGCGUUUUCAGCACGAAAUUCUGGUCUAGAUGAAUAUUUUUGAGCAGUUUUUUGCAAAAAUAAUGAAAAAAUUUCAUUGCAGUUUCAGAACUCAAUGAAAAUUGUUCUAGAUCAGAAUUUCGUGCUGAAAUUGCUGAAAAUGAAGAAAAUCAGCGUUUUCAGCGUAAAAUUUCAACCCAGGAAACUUUUUUUCUGAAAAAAAUUGAAAAAAACGGUUUCAUCUGGGUGGGAUCGAUCCCUUGACCUUCUGCGUACAAAUCCAAGUUUCCAGAUCAAAAUUUCGUGCUGAAAACGCUGAAACCCUCGAAAUCCCACAAUUUCCAACCAUUUUUCCAGAUUUAUCGCCAUGGUGAACGCACACCAACCAGUAUAAUGCCCAACGAUUAUUUCACAGAGGAAAAAUGGCCGGGCGGUUUUGAGCAACUCACUUUAAAGGGACAGCGACAACACGUGGCAUUGGGGAAACUUGUCCGCGAGAAGUACAAGGAUUUUUUGCCGGAAAUUCCGGAUCAUCGUCAGAUUUAUGUUAGAUCUACGGAUACUGCGAGAACUAUCAAAAGUGCUAUGGCUAAUAAUUUGGGAAUGUAUCCAAGUGGGUUUUUUUAAAAGUCCCUAAGGUCCUUAAAAGGCUCUUAGACUCUAGGGCUCUUAGAAGCUCAAUUAAAAAAAUCUAAUAAAAAAAAAGAAAAAAAGUUUUGCCGCCAGCAGGGGUCGAACCUGCGACCUUGGGCUUAUUAGACCCACGCUCUAACCGACUGAGCUAUGGCGGCCACAUUUUCUCGCCGUCUAAAUUGUCUAUUCAUUUUUCGUGCGGCGGUCUAAAGUUUCUCUGCGCUCUCUCACUUUCGCACACUCUCUUCUCUUGAAAUUCGUCACAGAUAGUGAAAAUAUUUGCAUUUUUUCAAAAGAUCGUGUUUGGUGAGCACUCUGAAGCUAACCUGAGCAAUAUUAGCAGCUGAAAUUGCUCUAUAGGUCAUGUUUGGUGUCAAAAUGGUCCUCAAGGCUAACCUGAGCAAUCAAAUUGUUCCAGAAAACGAGUCAAACCCCCUGUGGCCUGAUGAACACCUCAUCCCAGUCUUCAACACUCCCCGACCAGAAGACGACCUACUUUUUGCCGAUAAUCCGUGUGAACUACACGACAAAGUUUGGCGCCUCGCCAAAACCAUCCCAAAGGUUCGAAAAAUCCUGGAUAAACCCGAAAUCUUCGCAAAUCUCACCGAAUUUAUGGGCAAAAAUGUGACGGAUGCGAAUUUCUGGGAAGUUUGGUCGGCAAUCAAAUGCGAGAAAGAGGCGUUUCCGGAUGAGUUUGAGGCGCGGACACCGUGGUAUAAUGAGGAUUUGUGGCAGAAGAUUUUGAAGAUUAAUCGUGGAAUUCAGGAUUUUCAAGUUGGCAAGGGUUUGGAUGGUAAGUACAAGAAAUUUGCCGUCGAAUGAGACCCCAUGAGCUCAGGAAUCUAAGCCACGCCCCUUUUUGCAAGCCUCGCACAGUUUUCCCUGGCUUAUGAGGUGUCUUUCGACUCUAAAUCUCAAGCCCCGCCCAUUUCUGCAAGCCUCGCACACUUUUUUUCCCAGGUAUUAUCCUUGAAAACUACGAUAUCGGUAGAACUUUGAAAUCUCUUCGAAUCGGAACUUUGCUCAAUGAUCUCAACGAUCGAAUGAUCGCAAAAGUGACGUGUAACAUGAGCAAUGACACGCAAAAAAGUGCCACGUGUCAAAAACUGGACCCGCUGAAGUUUCUCGCCUAUUCCACGCAUGACACUACGAUCUAUGCGCUGUAUGCCGCUUUGCAUUUGGAUGAGUUGCGGUUUCCGGAAUACGCGGCCGCGCUGUACAUUGAAUUGUGGCAGGAGACGGAAGCGGAUCGGCAGACGUUUUUCAGGGUGAGAUUUGGAGCGUUUUGAUACCGAAUUUGAUGGGUUUGGGGAAUUUUGAAGGUUUUUGGUGACCCCCCCCCUGCCUUUAAGGGGGGGGGGGUGACUUUUUUCUGAAUAGGGUCAUGUUGGGUAUCAAAAUGAUGCGCUGAGUGUUCUGAACCUAACCUGAGCAAUGAGGAGCUCUGAAAUUGCUCAGGUUACUAGAAAGAGCCCCUAAAAGCGGGGGGGGGUCACUUUUUCCUUCAAAAUCAUCCGAAAUAUGUCAUGAUGGGUGUCAAAAUGAUGCCCCGAGUGUUCUAAACCUGACCUGAGCAAUGAGGAGCUCUGAAAUUGCUCAGGUUACUAGAGAGAUACCUGGUGAGCCCCUAAGGGCGGGGGGGGGGGUCACCUUUUCCUUCAAAAUCAUUAAAAAUCGGUCAUGUUGGGUAUCAAAAUGAUGUCCAGAGAGUUCUGAACCUAACCUGAGCAAUGUGGAGCUCUGAAAUUGCUCAGGUUACUAGAAAAAUACCUGGUAAGCCCUUAAGAACGGGGGGGGGUCACUUUCUCCUUCAAAAUCAUCCGAAAUAUGUCAUGUUUGGUGUCAAAAUGAUGCCCAGAGUGUUCAAAAUCUAACCUGAGCAAUGAGGAGCUCUGAAAUUGCUCAGGUUACUAGAAAGAGCCCUUAAGAGCGAGGGGGGUCACCUUUUCCUUCAAAAUCAUCAAAAAUCGGUCAUGUUGGGUAUCAAAAUGAUCGCCAAGACCUCCCCAAUCCAAAAAAUUCCAGAUAAUCCACUACCGAAACGACACGGACACUCUGGACAACGUGGUGACUCGAAAUAUUCCCGAAUGUUUCGACGAUUUUUGCGAUCUCAGCAUUUUCCGCAAUUAUUCGCUCUACUAUCAGCCGGAUCGAGUCAGAAAGGAGUGGUGUGAUAUUUCCAGUUUUUCACCGAAAAUUUUUAAUUUUGCGUUUUUUGCCGGGUUUUUGUUGUUGUUGAUUGUUGAUUGA